AUGGGCAGCGCAAAUGGAUCAAAAUGGAUGGAUGAGGCCAACCUGACCACGAUCAAGGCAGUGCAUGAGAGCCUGGGGAUGCCUGUGAGCAAGUACCACAACCCCGACCUCGAAAAAGAAGAACAAGAGAUAUUGGAGCACUACAAGGAAUGGUUCCGCUUCAACCACACCGACUUCGGCAACAAAGAGCGAGCCAAGUCGUUCUACGACGUGCCAGAAACUAUGUAUUUCGACCUGAUGAAGGUGAUUCCCCGCGGCGGCUUUGCGAAACACUACGACGACAUCGACGAGUACUAUGACGACUCCCAUCUUGCAUGCCGGGACCUCGAGAUUGUCGCGACGUCCCCCGAGUCUGGAUACGGCACGAUGGUGCAACGAUACUGGGGCAUCGGCUCGGACGGCAAGGAGUUUUCUUUCACGUUUCGCAUGACCAGUCUGCUGAGGAAAAUUGAUGGCCGCUGGAAAUGGAUACAUGAGCACGUCUCGUUUCCUGCCGAUCUGGUCACCGGACAGAGCGAUCUGACAUGUGGCACUGGAACAACGGGCAAGCCUACCUAG